AUGGCUUCUCCGACUCCCUUGGAGCUUCUUCGAAAGACCUUCUCGGCUGCAGCUUCUGAUGGGCUGGCAAAGAAGUUCGCAGAUACUCCCAAGGACCCGUGGAAGCUGAAAUACUUCCUCGAUCUGAAAGAGACGUCGCCUCAAGCGGCUCCCUGCGUCAAGUGCCCUGAGACCGAGGAAUCUCACAUGCUCGACUUGCUCGCCAAGAUGGCACUCUAUGCGCCGGAGUCGUGGUAUGAGAUCGUGACAGGACAGAAGUGUCCGGCAGAAGCCAAGAACGACUACCCCAACAUCGGGGUAGCUUUCGACGCCAGCUCUAGAUUGCGGCGUGCGGGCAUUGAAUGGUACCACAACGAACUGACGACGCAAUGGAUGCAAUCUCACGGCGGCAUUGUGCCAUUCUGCUAUCUGCCGGCAACUCUUCAAGGCGGCGCGUCGGCCCUGGUGGAGACAAAGUCCUGGCAGAUCGUGCACUCCGAGGACAAGAUACCUCCGCAACCGCCGACAGACUCCCCGACUGUGCGGGUGGUGGCAAUCAGCGACACGCAUCUCUUGCACCACCUUCUCCCGAAGCUUCCCCAAGGUGAUCUUCUGAUACACUGCGGAGAUCUCAGCUACGAGGAGUCGCGAUCACAGGAUGCCAGGGAGUUCGAUGAGAAGUGGCAGGAGUUGGGCGAGAAUUUCCCCGAGUUCCUGAAGUGGUUUGAGUGCUCCGGGCUCGCAGCGGCCAAAGCCUUGCGAUGGCUCGGAAGCGAGAGCCGCUUCGAGCACAGGGUGCUGGUGGCUGGAAACCAUGACUACAUUCUGGAGUGCAUCGGGGAAAGGAAUGCCCAACUACUCUGCAAAGCCUUCGGUGUCGACUGCUACCUUCACACAAGGAACCCUCCAAAAGACCUCCACUUCAAGUCCGGCUGCAAAGUCGCAGUCUGGGGCUCAGGAGUCUCCGCCAAAGCAGGGGUUGGAGGGCAGCGCGCCAUCCAGUCCGGAAACGUGGCUUUCGUCUAUGACAUGGAGGCUGGGGAAAGUCAGUUUCGUGAGGAGACCGAGCAUCUGGACGAAGGGUCGGCAGAUAUCAUUGUGACGCAUGGACCACCAGCCAAUGCGCUCUACGGGAAGUCUGGCCGGGUGCUAGAAAGCAUUGCGGAGCUGGUGAACUUCGUGAAGCCGACACUCUUUCUGUGUGGCCACGAGCACAAUCCGGACAACUGGAAAAUAGAGCAGAAGGUGGUGGACAUGGGCGGAGGAAUCCUCGGCGUUAACUGCGCCUGCACAGGGUCCGGUGGACCAGUCGUUGCUGCGCAGUGGUCUGGCGCAGUUCGUUUCGACGGCACCAUGAUAGGCAUCACACUGAAGGGCGGCAUUGGCAAGUUCUUCUACGACCGUCCCGGACAGAGGUAUAGGCUCAACUACACUGCAACCUCGAAGUUGUUUCAUCCCGACGGCAAGCUCGAGCAGGAUAUGCUCGCCAAGAACACCACGAUGGCGAUGAACUACACCUGGGGUGGCUAUGGCGAGAACGGCGCCUGCAACCCAUUCCCGAACAAGUAUUCGGACUUCUUCGGCUGGUUGGCCAUCGCCAGCCCUGGAGCGAACCAGACAGUAGAGGGAAAGCCAUGCAGGCAGUGGACUGCUCUGAUACCAAGCCCGAUGGGGAAGGCUACUGACGUCAACAUGACGGCGUGCGUCGCCGACGAUGGCUCUGUUCUGGAGAUGGUCCAGAAGGUUGGGGGCACGGGCAAGUUCUCUGGAGAUUCCAGAUACCGCUUCAGCAACAUCACUUUUGGUCCCCCCGAAGAGGCGGCUUUCAGGCCUAGCUACGCUUGCGCCGAGAACUGGCCUGCCAAGCCUUGCGAAGACGAGGAGGUCGAGACACUUGACAUCUACCGAAUCUUCGGAAAGGGUGAACCACAAGUGCUGUCCAACCGGGAUACUGGUGACGUUCUUGGCGAUGUCUCCUUCAUUUGCACGCAGGGCUCCGGCGCAGAGUACGAGUCCAAGUUCAUCACUCACUGGAAAGUCAAUGUUAGCAAGGCUUUCGGCCAGUACGCACUCUGCAACUUCAAUGGUACCGCCAACGUCUGCAUUGGACAAGGAUCUCAGCUCAAGAGGGUCGGCCGGAGGGGCUCCCAAAUUCAGUCCGGCAAGAAAGCUAUUGGCCAGUGCGACCCCAACGUAGAUGUGGGGAGCCAGUAUAGCUUCCCGGAAGCGGGGCAAUGCCCACCCAACGUCGUGCCGAGCGAAGCUAGUGGCUGCUACUGGGCCAACCCGAGGCCCGUGCGUACCGUGGCCGCGAACUGCGUCAUGCAGGACCGCAAGCUUCUGGAGGUCUGCAAGACGGAGUUCGGUCAUGCUCCAUUCACCCAGUCCGCUGCAAUCUUCAAAGAUGCCCUCGCCUCCGCGGACUUGACCAAAGGCGGAUGUCCGGAUGUGCCGAUUGCAACGAUCGUUGACUGCACCAUGCAGGGUCACACGACUGUGGACAUCAUCAUGGCAGUGCUCCUCCUCUCCCCACGGCCUCUCUCCUACCACAAGACGGACAUGCUCGUGACGGUGGUGGCCUUAGAGUAUUGUCGAGCUGUGCAGGGAUCGAAUGCUCGGGAAGAAGGUGACAAAACGAAGCGGUUCUUCAUUGAGAAAGGUCAGCGGUCGAAGUUCUUUUUCGACCAGGAGUCCAGCAAGAAGAUCUUUUGCAUCUUGUGCGAGAUGGCCACCUGGCUGCCUGCGGUUCCCGAACAUGUCAUCCUGCCGAUGCUCAAGAGCCGGAGCCCUAUGCACCGGCGACUGUCUAUUCUUUUCGUGAUGAUCGAGAACUUCGAUGAGCAGGCGCGAAUCCUUGGCCCGGAGAACCUCAUCAAGUUCCUCAACAAUCAGCACGGAGCCUCGGGACGCUCCCAAAGGUUCACUAUGAUGGACGUCAUCUGCUCGAACCACCAGGUCACGAAGAUCGAGACAGUUGGUGAAGAAUACGUGCCUGCUGCCUGGAAGUUCGUGAAGGGACUGUGUGCUGUGGGCGUCGUUCCGGAGGAUGAAGUCGAGGCGCACUGCAGCGUCCUCGAGCGUCUUCUCAAGGCUGGGCGGUAG